AUGAACCGAUGGAAUGAGACACGUGUAACCGAAUUCAUUCUGGUAGGUUUUCCUAACACCUACAAAGUGGAGAUCACCCUUUUCAUGCUGUUUCUAAUCAUUUUGAUGAUGACAAUAGUUGUGAAUUCUAUCAUCAUCACUCUCAUAUGCACUGACCACCAUCUGCAGACUCCCAUGUACUUCUUCCUCUGCAACCUGUCCGUCAUUGAGGUUCUGCUCACUUUGACUGUGAUCCCCAAAAUGAUGGCAAACUUCCUGGCAGAGAGAAAAACCAUUUCCUUUUAUGGCUGUCUGGCUCAAUCUUACUUUUAUUUCUUGUUGGGCAUCUCAGAGUAUGUCCUAUUGGCUGUGAUGUCCUAUGACCGGUAUGCAGCUAUCUGUUACCCAUUGCACUACAACACAAUCAUGACUGGCAAAGUCUGUAUAUGGCUGGUGGUGGGUUCAUGGAUGGGUGGAUUCUUCUCCAUCUUGGUCCCCACUGUGAUGAAACUUGGGUUGCCUUUUUGUGGCCCCAACAUCAUUAACCAUUUCUUUUGUGACAGUGCCCCCUUGAUGCACUUGGCUUGUGCUGAUAUUCAACUAGUGGAGUUCAUUGACUUCCUUGUCUCACUGCCUGUGCUGUUGGGCUCCCUGAUGUUGACUGUCAUCUCUUACUCCUGCAUUAUCUUCACUAUUGUCUGUAUCCCUACAAGAGAAGGAAAGCAGAAGGCUUUCUCCACUUGUGCCUCACAUUUCACUGUGGUCACUAUUGGCUACGGCACCUCUGUCUUCAUUUAUGUCAGGCCUUCACAAGCUAACUCAAUGAACCUCAACAAGAUGGCCUGCUUGGUGACCACAGCAUUGACUCCUUUGCUGAACCCAUUCAUAUUCAGUCUUGGGAAUCAGAAGGUUAAGGAAGCAUUGAAAAACUUUGUCAGCAAGUACAUGGGUUCACCAAGUGUACUCUCUAAACUGGGCCAAAAUAGAAAUACACUCCAGAGGGCCUGA